CAACUCCGAGAAAGGGAAGAGCAAUUACAGCACGCGGAAUCCACCAUUCAGCAGAUGGGUCUAGAGAAGAGUAAGAUGCAGGCUAAAUACGAGGACGUGAUUGCUCGGAUGACUAUGGAUCAUACUCAGAUGCUGAGAAAUAUGGAGGAACAGCACCGGAACAUCGAAUGGACAUCCCAAAAUAGGCUUGAUUCAGAAGCAGCCCAGCUGAGAUGGGAGUACGAGCAGAAAGAGCAGGAGAGGAAGGAACAAGAGAAAAGGCUCGUGGGUCAACUCCUGACUAGCCAGAAUGAUAACGAAGCUUGGCCAGACGACAAACUGAAGUACAAGUUCAGCGAGUUGCGCCAAUUGAUUGACUCGACUACUUCCCCACGGAACAAAGAAUUCCGAAUCCCAGAUGGUCAUUCACUUGGGUUUCGGCUUGAUCCAACCAACUUCAGCACGCGCGUUGGGAGCGGGAAGAGUCACUAUCUCCUUAAGAGCGCGAUAUGGAAGAUACUACAGGAACAAUUCUUUUCCAUUCCGUUCGGUUUUGGCGUCUUUGGGCCUGAGAAAGCGCCCGCUGAGCUCAUGAAGGUUUACUUCACGUGGCGGGAAUUGUUUGACAUGAAGAAUCGAAAGGUAGCUACAAGCGAAGAUAUAUUCGAUCUUCUUCGAAAAGACAGGAUUGCAAACACUUGGCGAUCUGCGACUUUUCAGACCAUCAACGAGGCCCUGACAACUCGUAGUACCCUCUCACACUCCGAAAGCCUUCUCGCCCAAUUCAGCGCCGAAAAUACUCAAGUAGCCGUGGAUCGCAUAUACGCCAUUCUCCUGGAAGUAGCAAAGCUAACUAACAGUGGAGUCCGAGAAGAGGUAGAAGAGCAAGUUCAUGAAAUGGUGCGCGUGUCUAGUCAAAUUGCCAUACAAUUCGGGGUACACACUGCGCAAUUGCAGCUCUCUCUGCCGGCAAUUGGAGAAAAGAUCGAGAUUGGGGAGAACUAUCACGAUUGCGAGGAUGGCGAUUAUAACAAAGGGACUAUCUACACGGUCGAUGUUGUGGUGGUUCCGGGACUUGAGAAGAUCGGGGAUGGCCGCUCUGACAUGAUCUCGAAGCGGAGUAUCGUCCCAUGCGAAAUCUUCCCUGCGGAAUCAUAGGCAUGGCGAGAGGAGAAGGUAGCAGUCGAGUCCAAUUCCGCAAGUCCUCCAAGCAAUUUGGAUUUAUGUCCAACUUA